CCUUUGUGAAUUAGGAAAAUCUGGAAAAGUUUAUAUUUUUCAGUGUUAUGUUUUUAUUAUUUUUAUAGGUAAUUCAUAUGAUAAAUAAAUAAAAGUGAUUUUAGCAAAUGUGAUAACUCUUGAAAAUUCUUUAUUAACUACAAAUAACAAUGAAAAAUGAGGAUUUGCAAGAUCACACUAAAAGGUUACGCUUUAAACCUUUAGCAAAUGUUCAGCAUUUCUCUGGUGACAACAAUAUUGAAUUAAAGUGUACUAAAGAAAUGAAGAAUAAAGAUGGCGAAAAGUCAUCCUCUUUAUUGACAUUUUUGCACGUUGAGCUCACGCGUGGAUAUUUACUUGAACAUGAUGAAGAGAGAUUUUCGGCUCGAAGAGAAAAAGUAUACUCUUUUAUAAAAAUACCCCAAGAGUUGGAAAAGUUCAUGGCAUAUGGAUUCUUUCAAUGUGCUGAUUCACUUUUAUUUGUUUACACAUUUUUGCCAUUAAGAUUUAUUAUGGCAUUUUGGUCUUUCUUCAAUAGGCUGUUCAGGAGGUGCUUUGGAUUUUAUUCAAACUCACGCAAGAGCAUAUUGAAACCAGCUGAGACUUGUGAUGUUCUCAAAGGGUUUAUUUUGGUAGUUUGCAGCUUCCUUAUGUGGUACAUUGAUACCAAUAUGAUGUAUCACCUGGUAAAAAGUCAAAGUGUAAUGAAACUUUACAUUUUUUACAAUAUGUUGGAAGUUGGUGACAGGCUCUUUUCAGCUUUUGGUCAGGACACUAUAGACGCUUUGUUCUGGACAGCAACAGAACCAAGAGACCGAAGAAGGGAACAUUUAGGAGUUAUUCCUCAUCUUAUAUUUGCAAUGACCUAUGUCUUUCUACACAGCCUGCUAGUGUUGUUCCAAGCAACAACACUGAAUGUGGCCUUCAAUUCUAACAAUAAGAGCCUGUUGAUCAUUAUGAUGUCAAAUAAUUUUGUAGAACUCAAAGGCAGUGUAUUUAAGAAGUUUGACAAGAAUAACCUUUUCCAAGUGUCAUGUAGUGAUGUGAGAGAGCGUCUGCAUCUCUCGGUGCUAUUAUUCAUUGUAGUUCUGCAGACUAUGAAAGAAUAUGUUUGGCGAGAAGAGAGGUUUUGGAUACUUGCACCAGAUUGUGUUCUAGUACUUACGUUUGAAGUUAUAAUCGACUGGGUGAAACACGCAUUUAUUACCAGAUUUAACGAGAUUCCAUAUGGUGUGUAUCGCGAAUACACAGUGAGUCUGGCGUACGAUGUAGCCCAAACCAGACAGAAAUACGCUUUUAGCGAUCACUCGGACCUGGUGGCGCGGAGAAUGGGCUUCAUUCCACUGCCAUUGGGCGUCGUCAUCACCAGGGUGUUGAUUCACGCCGUCAAAAUUGAUGGAUUCGCAGCCAUCUUCCUAAUAUUCAUAGCAUAUUUGUGCCUAAUAACUGUUAGAGUAUUAGUGUCUAUAGUAAUCCUUGGUAAGGCAUGUGACUUGAUUGCACACCACCAAAUGGAGAAGAAUGAGAGUCAUCAUACAACGCCUAAAAAGGAGCAAAAGGAAAUAGUCAAGGAAGUGUUUAAAAGUCCGGAAGUAGAAGCAGUGCCGCCAAAAAAAACAGCUCAACUGAAGUUCCUAAUACCAGAAGAUGGUAUUCUAAGUGAGCCACUAGUAGACGCGUCCGUAGGAGCGGCGGCCAUAUUUUCUAACAGCGCCAUAGAUCUUAAUGGCGUGUGUUAUCUCAAUGACAAAAUGAAUGCCCAAGUUAAGCAGGAGUCCGGAGAUUAUUUGGAACCUGAAUUGAUGGACCUGUCGCGCAGUGCGCCGGACAUCAAAGCGGCAUCGGGCGCUGCGGCGGCGCCUCUAGAGCGCAGCCCGGCGCCCGACGCUGAGGGGCUCAAGCGCCGCUCCGAGUCCGAGCCCAACCUGCUCACUGCCGACGACGAGCCCGCGCCGCAGCCCUACUGACACACCACGACGGCUCUCACAGCCUCCAGCGAUGAUGACACACUACUGUGAAUUGUGAAGCUAUAGGCAAUACUGGAGCCAGCGCAGAUCACUACAUGACAAACAAAGUCGCCUUCCGCUUUCUUCUUUUAAGAUACGCAACGGAUUUUGAUGCAGUUUUCUAUUAUUUAGACAAUUUAUUUGUUUAUAAACCGAAGUUGCGGGCAUCAGCGUGCCAUAAACGGCUGUAUAAACUAAGCAGGUCAGUCAGCUGUACUAGUCUUUAAGGACUAACCGCGUUUGCGCUUAUAUUUAAAUCGUCUUGUUUAUUUUUUAAAAUCAACCGCGUUUUAGUUGAAGCUGGCCGCUAUCAACUUUUUCAUUAUUUGAUUUCGGAAUAAUGAGACAGCAUUUUAUGACUAAAAUUUUAUAUGAAACUCAGGGUAGGUACUCAAUCUAAAAUACCGAAACAAUCCUAUAUAUAUCCGAACGAUUUAGUGGUCAUUUUGAAUUCACCGUCUUAUUAUUUAUGGAAACUUAAAAAAAACAUAUUUACAUCAAACGAAAUAUUUAGAAUGUUGCUAUUGUUUUUGUAAAGUCACAAAGGAAAUCUGGCGGAAGGAAGGCUUGUUGUGCCAAUUGGCUACCACCUAGGACGUGUCCCUUAAAUUUUUACUAUUUAUGAGUAAUGAUUGAAUUUGCCACACAAUUUCCCUUUUCUGGAAACUAUACUUAUUUGAUAAAAUAAAAAUGCCAAUCAACGUUGCUCUCUGUCUUGGUCUUGGCCGUCAAUACAGAAUUUUAAAAAGCGAACAAAAGCUAUUGUAAUUAAAAAAAAAGAAUUCGUAUUCAGAUCAUGGCCAAAAAGUUGGUUGAAUCGAAUGUUUUUGACUGUAGAUAAAUUUAAAGCCUAAUUAUGGCGUAACAUUGUCUUGGUUUAAAUCGAAUUUAAAUGUUUUAAUUUAAUAACUUUGUAACGUCAAUUGUUUGUAUAUAUUGCUGUUUCAAAACCUGCGUUUUACGUUGUGCUUUGAUUAUAUAAAGAUUCUUUUUACCUGGUCGUUAUUUCAUUGGUAAGGAAGAACGUAAAAAUAUAUGCAUUGUUAUUUUUCACAAA